GGUCAACUCUAAAAAGUCUAGAGGAGUCGGUUCAGGCAAACGUAGAAAAUCAGAAAAAUAACACCAUUUUCUCUCUCUUCCUCCUCCUUACUCCUUACCCAACGAUCGAAUAUCCACUUUUUUUUUGUUAAUUAGCUUACGGGUUGCGAGAUUCAGAAGUUUGCUGCUUUUACAUGCUUUGAUCUGCAUUGCAUUGAUAUUUCAAGAAGAUUGAUAUUUUGGGCUCCGUCGAGUAAUGAAGAAUAGAGGACGUGUAAGGUGGGAUGAAGCUAAUUUGGGAGACAUUGAGAAAAAUAAACCUGUAAGGCAAAAGAUCACUGAGCCAAAGACGCCCUAUCACCCAAUGAUUGAAGAUGAUGGUUCUUUGUCCCCUAUCCGUAGUGCCUUUGAUGAGUGUAUUGAGGAGGCUGAACGUGCUGAAGCUAUACGUGAUGCUUUGAAUGAUGUUGCUUCUUCUAGUAGCAAGAGAUCUCAUCGACAUGGUGGCUGGACUUCGUCAGAGGAUGAGGGAGAUGCUAUGGAGCAGGAUGAUGAAGAUUCUGAUUCUGAGAGGAGUUUGAGUUUCAAAGAGCACAGGCGAGCCCAUUAUGACGAGUUUCUGAAAGUGAAGGAGCUUCGACGCAAGGGUUCUUUCGCUGAGGAAGAAUCUGAUGAGGAUGGAAACAUUGACAUCAAGAAUGACUCAUCGUCAUUGAGUCCUGCAGUUAAAGCCAUUGCCAUACACGAAGGCAAGCCUGGUGCAAAUGGUGUUUAGGAGCUGCAAGAAUUAGUCAAGUUAAUGCAGUUUUGUGGCUUGGUUAAAUAGUAUACUGUUGUUGAUGCAAUGGUGCUGUAUAUAGACCACUUGUAAUACCUCAGUUGUCGGAUAUAUGUUGCUAAGAAGGGAUGUUUCCUUUUUCUUCUAUGUACUGAUAGUCUGAUGCACAAAUUAUGACAGUCCAAUUUCCUAACUGUCAUUUGAUUCUAAUUUUGAUUUUGGUAUUAAUGUAAUGAAUACUAUUUUUGAUAUCUUCAAAAAAAAAAUUACACACUUCGUAUUA